UCACCUAACAGCAGUGGUGAGUGAGAGCCGGGACGGCGUGAGCACGAUGGACAGUUUGUAACUUUGUUUUUGAAGGGGAACGUCAAGUCCACAUUCACGGACCAAACUACGGGACUAUGCCCAGUGCCGAUACCGCUGUGGAUAAAAGUUUAUCAGAAGUAGAGAGAUAUCACAUCUGCGGCGAAAUGGCGGAGCGCGGUGGCGAUGGGAACAAUGUCCUCAGCCUCCCGGUGCCGAUGCGGCGGGGGGGCUCAGAGUCCAACCUGGUGACUGACCGAGGCGAGGGAGGCGUGGGCCUGGACUUCACUAAGGGCCGACUGGCUAUCGACAGCCUGCAGCAGAAGAUCCUCAAGGUGACAGAGCAGAUCAAGGUGGAACAGACAGCCAGGGACCAGAACGUGGCAGAGUACCUCAAACUGGUCAACAACGCUGACAAGCAGCAGGUGGCACGCAUACGUCAGGUGUUUGAGAAAAAGAACCAGAAGUCUGCCCACAGCAUCGCCCACUUGCAGAGGAAGCUGGAGCAGUACCACCGCCGCAUGAAGGAGGAGGCCAACGGGGCCAAGCACCCGUCCAGGGAGGCCCGGGGGGAGGGGGGCAAGGAGGGCCAGAAGGACGGUAGCCUGCGGGACAUCAGCUCGGCCAGCGUGCGCCACCCGGCAAUGGACAAAGUCAAGACCAUCGGCCCCGGGGUCUCCCUCUCGCCCCCCUUCUUCUUCAACAAGUCGCGGGAGUUCGCCAACCUCAUCCGCAACAAGUUCGGCAGCGCUGACAACAUCGCCCACAUGAAGAGCUCCAUGGAGAUGGGGGCGGGGCUCCAGGCGGAAGGCGGAGCCGGGGCACGGGCGCUGAGCGGCAGCGCCACCACGAUUGCCAAGGCCAAGUACCCCAGCGACGACGAAUGUUCCACGGGGACCUCUGUGUCGGCCGACUCCAACGGGAACCCGGCGGGCGGGUCGGGGUUGGGGUCAGGGGGCGGUACGGGAAGGUCGGACUCUCAGGGGAGGCUGGGGGAGGUGCUGGAGGAGGUCAGGGAGAUUAGGGAGGCCCAGGUACAGCUGGCCGAGGACAUGGAGUCACUAAAAAGCCAGUUCAAGAGAGACUACAGCUUCAUCACACAGACGCUGCAGGAGGAGAGAUACAGGUUUGAGCGGUUAGAGGACCAGUUAAAUGACCUGACAGAGUUGCACCAGCAUGAGACCAGUAACCUGAAGCAGGAGCUGGCCAGCAUCGAGGAGAAGGUGGCCUACCAGGCCUACGAGAGAGCUAGGGACAUCCAGGAGGCUCUGGAGUCGUGUCAGACGCGUGUCUCUAAGCUGGAGCUCCAGCAGCAGCAGCAGCAGACGGUACAAGUGGAGAACACAGACGCCAAGGUGCUGCUGGGAAAAUGCAUCAACAUCAUGCUGGCCAUCGUCACGGUGAUCCUGGUGUGCGUUUCCACGGCGGCCAAGUUCACCGCGCCCCUCCUGCGGAGCCGCGUGCACCUGGCACUCACCUGCGUGGGUUUGUCCCUACUGGCGGUCAUCUGGAAGAACUGGGAGCACCUGCAGUGUGCUCUGGAACGCAUGCUCCUCCCACACUGAGCUAGACUCCUCCCAUGUUAAGCUAGGCUCCACCCAAUCUGAGUUAGUUCCCCUCACUCUGUGGGAUUGGCACCACCCACACUGAGCUUGGGACUUUGGAACUGUGUGACGUUGUCAUAGCGAUAGAUUAAAUGGGCGGGGUUUACAAUGUAGCCUUACACCCCACCACCCUCCUGUCUCUCAUCCUCUCUCACUUGUCAACAAAUGGCUGAAUGUCCUUUGGAGUUUGGGAGGAGCUCCUUGAGGGAAAUUGUGUUUCUAAACGAUGCCAGUGUGCCACUACAGUAGUAAUGGACAAAUUACAGGAAAGCAAGACAUCUGGGACUGACCAAUCAGAUGGUGGCUACAGAGGAAGCAGCACCAGUCACAUACAGGUUUAUUGCGGACACUGAUCUUUGUGUGGUUGCCAAUCUCAAUAGGACAUUGAACUGCACUAUGCAGGUGGUAAGAUUAUUUAUAAACUUUAUAGUGAAAAGAGGGUUCCCCCGAAUGGUUCCCUGUCUUUUGCUGAGUCGUACUUACGUCACUUUUAUUACACUAACAAACUGACAGUAUUAAAAACUAAUUCUCCCUGAAGACCUCUGGCUCUGAUCCACACACAGUCUCACUCCCACCCCCCAAGCCACUAUGAUACACAUUGAUCCACACACACACUGAGAGGAAUGUCACUUGUGUGGGUAUGUCUGUGUACGUACGGGGGGAGGGGGUGUUCUCCAUGUUAGAGCGCGUUGUCUGUGUGUACCUGUAUUGUACUGUACUGUCAAGUGAUGAAAUGUUUUUUAAUUGAAAAAAAAGAAGAUACAAAAGGGAUAAAAUGUUUUUUUUUAUGUUUAAGUGUAAUACACACAGAAUGGGUAUCUGUGUCUUGGUCUGUUUUAGUGUGUGUGUGCCUGUGAAGGGUGGUUCAUUUCUACAAAGGAAUGGUUAUGAACUGCAGGACUGCCUCUUGUUUCUGUGUACUGGAGAAAUGGUGACUUAUGUACUUUAUAUAGUCUAUUAACAGAUGUAGUAGAACUGCCACGGGUCUAGUCUAUAAGGGUGAUGUGCGCUCUCUCCCAUAGGAAAUACAGUGGGGAAAAAAGUAUUUAGUCAGCCACCAAUUGUGCAAGUUCUCCCACUUAAAAAGAUGAGAGAGGCCUGUAAUUUUCAUCAUAGGUACACAUCAACUAUGACAGACAAAAUGAGAAAAAACAUUGCUAACUGUGUGAGCAAUGUCCUCUGGCAGUCUUUGAUGGAUCUGGGGAAAGGUAACCUCUGACGUGAUACACACAAACCUAAUUUGUGAUUCGUCCUUUAAUAUUGAUGAUAAUGUCAUUUUUGUAAAAUACGAAUUAAGCUCUGUUCAGAGUGGGCUGAACAAAGGAAUGUACUUAUACCAAAUGGUUCAGACAGAUUUGAACACUACAUUUUAUGCGUUUUCUCUGAAAUGUUUAAUAUUUUUAGCCUUUUUACAAUGAGAACAGAACAAAAUGAACAUUCUAAAUGCCUUUGAUGCUAUCGUCUGAUUGGACAGAGAUGGGGGGGGAGUGAACAAUGCAGCUCUGGCUCCACCCACUCUGUAAGCUACUUAUCACUGUGAUGAUUAUGAUGAUGAUGAUAGGGGCCAGGCCUGAUGCCUUUUCAAUGCAGCUUCUGUGUUAAACCUGAUAUUUUCUGUGCUUUGGUCUCUGUCUCUUUAAAAAGCCAAAUGUGGGUUGGUUCUAUGUGGCUGGCCGGGACCUUGAGUAAUAUAGUAUGUCAUGUCCUGAACCAUUGAUAUUUACACUGUCCAUUGGUUACUCAGAGUUCUGGCUCUAUCCCAAUUUCUGAAUCUAUUCCCUGUCUCUGUGUCUGGAGUGAGAGCCAUAUCCCAGGACUAUAAUUCCAGUGUCUAGAUUCCGGUAUGUUCCUCGGAGUAGCAUUGCACGUUGUUGGGUUUAAUCUGGUUGUGGUUUUCCAUAACACACUUUUUAAAAUGAGAACAAAAUAAAUCCUCUUUGUUUUCUAGAAA